AUGGUUGUUUGGAAUGAUCAGGCAGAUGCCAGACUACUCGUCGCCAUCCUCAAGAACCUCCCCGGACGGCUGGACCACGCUGCCAUCGCCAAGGAGAUGGGUGGUGACUGCACCGUCAGCGCCAUCCAGCACCGCAUCCAGAGAAUCAAAGAGAGGGCUACCGCCAACGAGAACGGCACCGGUUCUACCUCUGGUGGCGCUACUACUACCGCCAUCGCUACCUCUGCUUCUGCUACCGAGCAGGCCUCCGCGACUCCUUCUUCCCCCGAGAAGAGAAAGAGAGGUAGACCCGCCGGAAGCGGAAGAAAACGGGCCACCAGGUCGGCUGCCAAGAAGGUGAAGAUUGCUGUUGAAGAUGCAGCUGAAGGCGAGAACGGGGGCGAGGACAUGGGAGAAGGUAUGGGUGAGGAUAAUGGUGAGGGAGCUGCUGAGGCUUGA